AUGAAUGGCCAAGGGAGGGUCAGUCCUGGAAGUGCAGCCCCAGCAGAAGAGAGAGGCUGCUCCUGGCUGAACAUCUGGGUCUUCCUUAUUUUUGCCCUUGCAAUCAAAGCUGCCAUUGUGACCAUCUGUCUUGUGGCGUUACUUGAUGGAAGCUCUGGCCAUUACAAGAUUCUCCUCCAGAACUCUACUGAGUGGUUCUGUGCCCCCAGCAGUUCUGCAGAGAAAGUGGAUGGCUGGAUGUGCUGCCCAAAGGGCUGGAGAAGGUUUCAAGGAAGCUGCUAUUUCCUGUCCACUGACAUGAUGUCAUGGGAUGAGAGUGCACGGAACUGCACUGGGAUGGGCUCCCAGCUGGUGGUGAUCACCAGCAAGGCAGAGCAGGAAUUUCUCUUCAACUUGACAAAAGAAAAAGCUACUAGCCUCUAUGAAACAAAAUACUACAUAGGCUUAGCUGCUUACAAAAAUGGGAAGUGGCAGUGGGUGGAUCAGACUCCAUAUGAGAGUACAGUGACGUUCUGGAAGCCUGGGGAGCCCAAUUUACUCUUUGCAGAAAAAUGUGCUGCAAUUCAUGUCAAGGGAAAGACAGACCCCAACACUUACAGUAACUGGAAUAAUGUCCUUUGCAUCACAAGUUGCUAUCGAAUUUGUGAACAGGCAGUCAAACUUCUCUGA